CACCUGCCAUCUUGAGGGGGUGUGUGUAGAAAUCGGGGCUCCCUGAUCCUCAACGCCACGGACGCUGUGGGGAGACACCCACCUAAUCCCUGGGGCAAGCGGCGACGGCCGGUCAGGUGUUGGGUAAACAGCCCCCGCGUGCCUGGAGAGGGAAUCCGGGCCGGGGAGAAGCCCCUCCUCCCACGCGCACACACGCGCCGCUCUGUGUCUAUUGUGAAGCCUUUGGGGAGCUCCGCGCCGCCGACCCCCGCUCGCGCCGGGUUCGGGUCCUCCCCUACCACAACGAGUCUCUCCAGCGGGGAGAGGCGGCUGGAAGGAGCCGUUUGAACCGCGUAUAUUGGUACAGAGCAGGAGGCAGCGCGAGCCUCUGGGGCGCUGAGAGGGCGGGGCUGGUCGGCGGCAUGAAGGUGUGAGCGGAGCCCGCGCGGAGCGGAGAGAGCUAUUUAAAGAAGAUGGAGAAAUAAAGGACCUCAUACCUCCCGCCAGUGCAGCCAAAUCGGGGAAUCCCGAGCAGAGGGAGAAGCUGGAAGCAGAGUUUCCAAAACUGCCUGAGCCCCCUACCGAGAGGGGUGCUGUCAUGAGGGGGAGAAACCGAGGAAUCCGGUUCCAGAGCCAUUCUCUUCAAUUUUGAUAUUGAGAAUCCAGACAACAUUCCCCCUCUAUCAGGCCUAUGGGAUUUCUUGCCUAGUCAGAAACCUUUCAAAUUCCUGUCCUGCCUGAAGACAGCAGAGACUCUUCUCUUGGAUCCUCCCUGCCUGCAUCCCAGCUCAGUACAGACCAAUGUGAUUCCCUUCCCCAUAUCUCUGGGAUAACUGUGUGCUAGCCCUCUGAUAUCUCAAAAUGCCAUUAGUGAAAAGAAACAUAGACCCCAGGCACCUGUGUCACACAGCACUGCCCAGAGGCAUCAAGAAUGAACUGGAAUGUGUCACCAAUAUUUCCUUGGCAAAUAUAAUUAGACAACUGAGUAGUCUAAGUAAAUAUGCUGAAGAUAUAUUUGGUGAGCUUUUCAAUGAAGCACACAGUUUCUCCUUCAGGGUUAACUCCUUACAAGAACGUGUGGACCGUUUAUCUGUCAGUGUUACACAACUUGACCCAAAGGAAGAAGAACUGUCAUUGCAGGAUAUUACAAUGAGAAAAGCUUUCCGGAGUUCCACAAUUCAAGAUCAGCAGCUAUUUGACCGCAAGACUCUGCCUAUUCCUUUGCAGGAGACUUAUGAUAUUUGUGAACAACCUCCCCCACUCAACAUACUCACCCCUUACAGAGAUGAUGGAAAAGAAGGUUUGAAGUUUUACACCAAUCCUUCAUAUUUCUUUGAUCUAUGGAAAGAAAAGAUGUUGCAGGACACCGAGGACAAGAGAAAGGAAAAGAGAAAGCAGAAGCAGAAGAAUCUAGAUCGCCCUCAUGAACCGGAAAAAGUGCCCAGGGCGCCUCAUGACAGACGGCGAGAGUGGCAGAAGUUAGCCCAAGGUCCAGAGCUUGCUGAGGAUGAUGCUAAUCUCUUACAUAAGCACAUUGAAGUUGUUAAUGGCCCAGCCUCACAUUUUGACUCAAGACCUCAGCCAUAUGUGGAUCAUAUGGAUGGAUCCUACUCCCUUUCUGCAUUACCCUAUAGUCAGAUGACUGAACUUCUGAGCAGAGCUGAGGAGCGAGUGUUGGUCAGACCACAUGAGCCACCACCCCCUCCACCAAUGCAUGGAGCAGGAGAUGUGAAACCCAUACCUCCUUGUAUUAGCUCCACCACAGGUUUGAUAGAAAAUCGUCCUCAGUCACCAGCAACAGGCAGGACACCAGUGUUUGUGAGCCCCACACCUCCCCCUCCUCCUCCUCCUCUUCCAUCUGCUUUGUCAACUUCUUCACUGAGAGCGGCAAUGACUUCCACCCCUCCCCCACCCAUGCCCCCCCCACCACCACCUCCAGCAGCUGUUUUGCAAGCGCCAGCAGUGCCACCUCCACCAGCUCCUCUCCAGAUUGCUCCUGGAGUUCUGCAUCCAGCUCCUCCUCCAAUUGCACCACCUCUGGCACAGCCCUCUCCUCCAGUCACUAGAGCUGCCCAAGUAUGUGAAACUCUCCCAGCUCAGCCAGUUCCACAAGCUGAAGUGCAAGGACUUCCUCCACCCCCACCACCUCCUCCAUUGCCUCCCCCUGGCAUUCGGCCCUCAUCUCCUGUCUCAGUUGCCACCCUCCCUCACCCUCCCACAACCAUUGUUCCUGGCCCUCAUGCUCCAGUCAUGCCUCCAUCUCCACCAUCCCAAGUGAUUCCUGCUCCUGAACCCAAACGCCAUCCAUCAACUCUACCUGUAAUCAGCGAUGCCAGAAGCGUUCUACUGGAAGCAAUACGAAAAGGUAUUCAGCUACGCAAAGUCGAAGAGCAGCGUGAACAAGAAGCUAAACAUGAGCGCAUUGAGAAUGAUGUUGCCACUAUAUUGUCUCGCCGCAUUGCUGUGGAAUACAGUGAUUCAGAAGAUGAUUCAGAGUUUGAUGAAGUGGAUUGGUUGGAGUAAAAUAGAUGCAUUGAUAUACACUGAAUGCUAAUGUCCAUUGUGGUGAUUGUUCUUUGAAAACAUUUGAUGGUCAUUUCUAGUGUUUUUUGUAUUUUUUUUCUUUACACUACACAUCAUUAAUCCAUGUUUUUCUACUUUUCAGUUUACAAGAAAAUUACUAGCACAUCUUUGAAACGAAAUGUUUUACAGUGGCUUUUCUUUUUCUGAAAGAACAUAUUUUGUUCCAAUAGACCACUAAGUAUUAAGCAUGGGCAGCUGUUGGUAGAGUAGCAGUUUCAAUUUUUUGGCAUAUCUUAACUGUGCACUUUGUGAAUUUUAAGUUAAUGAAGGUAACUGAGAUUGAAAUUCCGAGGGCAGCUGUAUGUACUAAUGAGCCUUAUUCCAUUUUUGAUAAAUGUUUUUAAAAACCUAGCUAUCAAGAUAUACAUCUGUACACUAAGAAGGUACAUAAAGUUAGCAGCACUGAACACAAUGAAAGGAAAAAAGGAUCUUUGGGGGCUUUUAUUGUUGUUUUUUAAAUAAUUAUGGCCUUAUUUGAAUGUUUAGAGGUUUCCCCCUCCCUCCCAGGUACAUAUCGUGUGGUACUAUUUUGCCUGCAUACAAAAGUUCAAAUUUUUUCUGUGUGAAAUCUUCUGACUUAAACAUGCUGUGUAACUUAUGUAACUGUUAAAAAUAACAGUUUGGUUUAAUAAAUGGUAAAUGUUC